AACACCAACACACAGAUGUCAAACGUUAACUUGACGCCGGUGUAGCCCCGUGGAGGAAAGCUUCCGUGCCCCGCUCUGCCGCUUCCCCUCUCGCUGCGUGCGCGUGCCUCGCGGUGCUGAAGGAACAGCGCCCUUCGCACGGGGACAGAGAGCAGCUGAGCGGAGCAGCCGGCUGCGUUGCCCGUUCACUCCUACUGGCGUCUUAUCUCCAGCAGCACAGUCACUUAUUCUCGGACGGGAAACUAUCAAAUACGCGCACAGGCUUAAAUAGAAUCAAGCAAGUAAAAUAUUUUUUACAGUGUUCUCUCUCUCUCUCACUCUCUGUCUCUCUCUCCCUCCUCUCUUUCCUCUCUCCUUCCUCUCACUCUCUCUAUUUCUAUUUCUCCGACUCUAUAUUGUGGACUCUCCUAAGUCACUUUGGAUGAAAGCCUCCGCAAGCAUUGGCAGAUUUUUUGCGCGUUAUCGGUCCCUUUCUGUGUAGCGUGUAGCUGGGAAGUAUCUGGAGGAAACGAAUAACGAGUGGAAGUGUUUUAUUUCAACAGGGCAAAAAGGCGCACCUCGUUUCUGUAGUUCUGCUGGCCACAUAACCAAAAGUGGGGUUUCUCCUUUCUAGUGUAUUUACAGCGGACUUUAUGUUCCACGUUUUUUCUUCCCCAUCUAUUUUUCAUCGUCCCGUCCAUUCUGUGGCUGAGGACUCCCCUCCCUCACUCGUUCUCACUGGGUUUUAGAGGAGAACCAAAAAGCGGCUCAAGGCUUUGCGCGCUCCCCUUCUCCCACCGCUCAGACGCCGCACGGAGCUGCACGGAUUUCCAAAAGUCAUAUCAAGUGGACCCUUUGGGGGAUUUUGGCAGUGAAGUGCAGGUCGGGACCGUAUCCAGUCGGAAGACUGAGUACUCUGACUUAUGAGGGAAGAAAUUUAGAGAAAGGCAGAAAAAUCGACAGGGAAAGAAGAGCAAAGCAAAACACGCACUGUGUUUUAUUUCCGAAAACGCUUGUUUUUUGGUGGAUUAAGACAGAGAGCGCGAGGAAGAGAAGAGACCCCGCUUGCGUCUCACAAUAUCGGCUGCUGUGUGGACAUGGACUGAAUGCUUUUAAGAUCGCGUGAUUUAUUUCCUCCAUUGACAUUCUCACUAGAUAAACUUGGGCUUGGACGAAAUGCGAAUCCUCCACUGUUGCUCUUUAGCCACGUCGUGGUCAUUAGCUGCGACUCUGGGCUGAUCGAUUGUUUUACUGUUCCGCAACGUGGGGUCAUAUUUUUUUCAUUUCACCGUAUAAAGUCAUACAUCUAGGAAAAUACAAUGUCCAAUGUUAAAGCCACUGCACAUAAAUGCCAAUAUUAUAAAAUAGUAACAUAGUCGUACCUUAAAGUCCCUGUAGAAAUAUAACACAAGCCUACUGUAUAAAGUAUCAUAAAGUACAGUAAGAAUGAGAAUAAACUCACAACAAGCCCACCGUGUGUAUAUUGUAAGAAUGUAUGAGAGAUUAUUAUAGUGCAAUAGCUUCGCGGGAUUCCAGAUUGAAGAUUGGGAGUUAUUUUUGGCUGCGCAAGUAGAGCGACUCUUCCACACCAUUGCCCGGACUGAGACCGAGACGGACUGAACGCACGAGUCUACCAGAGCACUUGCUGCCUCACAUCCCGUCCCGAGCGAAAGGAGCGGGACAGACGGAGAGCGGAGGGGAGAGGAGGGAGGUGGGCAGAGAAGGAUGCGUAACUACCGCUAACUGGAGCAGACUUUAGCCUUGGAGAAAGGGGAGACGGGAGGGAGAGGAUUUCCAUUCUGUUGGUGACAGAGCGCCUGCCCGUUAGAGGGGACGCGCUUGCUUCGGCCGAGGAAAACGGGAAAAAGAAACCACUUCCGUCAUCUGCUUGUUGAUGUCGUCCCGUCACUUUGGAAAGGAGACAUCUAACUGACAGAAGAGAGUGACAGAAGCAGAGGUGGGAUUAUUUCAGUAACACCAUCAGAUCGUCCGCGCCGCUUGGAUUCAGAAUUAAAUUGGUCCGAAAGACAAGGCGCCCGUGGACAAUAGAGAGAUGAAGACGUUAUCCCUCCUACUCCUCCUCCUCGCCUCAGGAGCCUGUGACGAUGUCAAGUACAUAUCCAAGAGGAACUCAGUGGAUGGGUGCAUUGACUGGUCGGUGGACCUAAAGGAGUACCAUGUUCUGGCCGGUGAACCUGUCCGGGUGAAAUGUGCCUUGUUCUAUAGCUACAUCCGAACUAACUACACCAUGGCCACCAAUGCCAAGUUGCGCCUCAUCUGGUACAAGAAUAAAGGAGAUGCAGAAGAACCCAUCAUCUUCUCAGGCCACAGGUUGAGUAAAGAAGAUGACUCCAUCUGGUUCAGGUCUGCUGAGAUUGAAGACAAUGGAUUCUAUACCUGUGUACUAAGGAACUCAACGUACUGCAUGAAAGUGUCCAUGUCCAUGACUGUGGAGGAGAGUGAUGAGGGAAAAUGCUACAGCACCAAAAUCCGCCAUUUGGAAAAAGCUGAGAUUACCCACAGCAAAAUGAUCACCUGCCCUGAUAUAGAAGACUACAUGGCUCCAUACAAACAGCCACAGAUGACCUGGUAUAAGGAGUGUGAACGGGUUGAAUGGAGAAGCGCCGUCACUGUGAACACCACACACAUCUGGAUUCCUGAGGUGGAGGAGGGCGAUGGAGGAAAUUACACCUGCGAGUUACAGUAUGGAUCCAGACUGGUGCGACGGACAACCCAGCUCAAGGUCACAGCUCUGCAGACCACUCAGCCUCCCAAGGUUCUUUUCCCCCCGGAGAGACACGACACAGUGAUAGAAAUCACGCCUGGUAUGCCUCUCAGUCUGGACUGCAAGGCCUUUUUUGGCUACAGUGGAGAAAACAGGAGGCCUAUCAUCUAUUGGAUGAAAGGGGACAAGUUUGUUGAAGAGCUAGCAGGACACAUUAAAGAGAGUGAAGUCAGGAUCUUAAGGGAGCAUUUAGGAGAGAAGGAGGUGCAGCUCUCCCUAACAUUUGAUGCUGUGGAUGAGGCAGACCUGGCCAACUACACCUGUUACGUGGAGAACCAUAUAGGGAGGCGCAGUGGGAGCGCUAUCCUGCAAAAGAAAGAUAUGUAUCGCCUGGAGCUGGCUGGUGGUCUUGGGGUCAUAUUGCUACUGCUGGGAGUCCUGACAGCACUUUAUAAGUGUUACAACCUGGAGAUCAUGCUCUGCUACAGGAGACACUUCGGCAGUGAUGAAACUGAAGACGAUAAUAAAGAGUACGACGCCUACCUGUCCUACACUAAGGUGGACCUGGACUCUUUGGGCAGGACGAGCAGCGAUGAGGAAACGUUUGCUUUGGAGAUUUUGCCUGAUGUUUUAGAAAAACAUUAUGGAUACAAACUGUUUUUACCAGACAGAGAUCUAAUACCCAGCAGUACCUACAUUGAGGACUUGGCUCGCAGCGUCGAGCAGAGUAGACGUCUGAUCAUCAUUCUGACUCCGGAGUUCGUGGCCAAAAGAGGAUGGAGCAUCUUCCAGAUAGAGACACGCCUCCACUCUAUGCUGGUCACUGGAGAGAUAAAGGUGAUCAUGAUAGAGUGUGCAGACCUGAAGAAUGUCAUCAACUACCAAGAGGUGGAGGCCCUUAAACACACGAUCAAGGUUCUAUCCAUCAUUAAGUGGAGGGGGCCUAAGAGCAACGAGCUGUCGUCUAAGUUUUGGAAACAGGUGGUGUAUGAGAUGCCUGCAAAACGCAGGGAGACGCUGUCCAGGCGCCAGGUGAUGGACUCUGGUGAACAGGGCCUCUUUGGCGACCUACAGACCACCGUCUCCACUAUUGCCAUGACGACCACCUCUGCCUCCCUAGCGCCCCCCAAUGAGAAUCGCCAUGGACAUCAUCAGGUUGCCUUGGCGACAGAGAUCCCUGAUUACAACCAGAUGACCUUGCCGCUUGGAGGGGGACACACAGCCACGGCAGCGCAAAUGAGGCAUUUCUGCCGCAGCUACGAGUUCCAGCUUCCCCCACAGCCUUCGUCUCUGUCGCCUCCCCUUCCGCCUCCUCCCACCAUGCAAUUCUCCACUCUGGGCCCCGGGGGGCGCCACGUCUACUGCAACAUCCCCAUGACGCUGCUGAAUGGACAGGCGUUCAGAGCAGUUCACUGGGGAACAAGAGGUGUCUCAGAGCAGUACGUUGGGGAAAAAGCCAGAACUCCACCUGAACAGCACCUUCGUGCCGCUCACCAGCAGAGAACUAAGCUCUGACAUCUGGUAGAAGGACGGUUCAACUGGUACUGGAGUAACAGAUCACAGACUGCCUCGCCAGUGGCCCUGGACUCAUUGGUCAACUGGUUUUCACUGGGUUUUUGUAACGUGUACAGGUUUGGCGUCAUGAGAGACUGGUGAUGGACAUGAUGCAGGCUGGAUUUGGACUCGCUGGAACCACAGACUGUUUGAAAACUGCAGAAGGAUGCGACUGACAGUGCUUGGGUGAACUGGAUGCCGACUUCUCAGACAGCGGGGUUCAGGAUAAAAAGCUGCUCACUACUCAUAGAACUACCAUCUACAGACGGCUGUGUAAGAUGAGUAGACCUGACCGUGUGGAGGAAAGUAGCAAAGAAUGUGAUUGGAGUUUCUAGAUGACUAUGGACCUUGAUCUCGUAUCCACAGCCAACGUUGCCCGCUGUCAAAUGACACAAAGUUGGACUUGGGAGCACAAAAAACUGAGAAAUCUCAGCUACCCUCGCUGUGAAAACCAGCGGAACAAUGACGGUCUACUGACAAACUAAAAGUAGCGCGAAUGCCUGGUGAUUUUGUUGUAGUUGAGUUCUCCAGGCUCCAGCUACCUGUUGACUGGUUGGCUCGUCAGCAAGCGAGGCGGACUUCAUGCAAUGACUACGAUCAGACCACCUUAAAACAACAAGUCAACCUCUUAAAAUACAACUGCUAUACUGUAGUUAGCUGUAACUGUAGAUGGCCGCACAGACUGGCUCUUAGUAGCUGAACAGGUCGACUUAGCAGGAACAGAUUCCAGCCGGAGCCUCAGAGCGAGAGGAGAUAAAUAAAGCAAUGGCUGAGUUUUCUGAGCUUACUUACUGGGAACGCACAGUUAGCAUCAGGAGAAGCUACAGUAGCUGGUUGUAUAAACUAGUGGGCUAAAAGGCUAGUUAGGACAAAACCAGCCUACUCCUCAUGUUGUAACCCAGUAAACAGGAGCUAGUCAACUCAUCAAAAGGCCAAGUCUCUUUAAGCACCAAGCUGAAGCAGAAAACACUCGGCUUUUUCUAUUUGCAUGAACCACCGGUUUAGAUAAAAAAUAAUAAUCUGUUAAACAUAGAUAAAACAGUAAAGAACAUGAUCAUAUUUUGAAGCCUCAUUUACCAGGGCAGGAAAGCAACCAUCUUGUGUUGAUGCAUAUUUGCUUCCUGUCUGGCCAUGAAGGAACGAUCAAACACCGAGAAAGGGAAAAAAGGAGGUGUCCCUCCAAAACCAGUUUAGUUAUUUAUAUCCGUUUUAUUUACAGUUUUAUCCUUUUAAAAAUUUGGUGACAGUUUUUACCGGAUUAAGUUUUUAAUGUUUGUUUGCUAUAAUAAUAUCUGUACAGCUUGCAUAACUUAUGCAUAAAUCUACUCAUGACAGUGACAUGUUCCGUACGUCAUUCGUUAACGCUCACAUCACGCGUGUGUGACUCAGAAUCUUCUUUUAUUGUCAUCCUUUACAUCGUUUUGUCUAUAAGGAUAGAGGGAAAAAGGGGAAGGGAAAUGUGAAUGAAUGGAUGAAUGAAUGGAUGAAUGAACAAAUGAAUCUGGGAUCAAGACUACUUACAGUCAAAGGGGGCUUCACUGGACAAUGAGCCAGAUUCUGAGCUGAACCAGAACACAUUCUUCUUUGUGAGCUUUAAGAAAUCAAAAUUAUUACCAUCAUAUUUAAGCAAAGUAAAUAAUGUUUUCAAUUUACACAAGCUACUGUCAUUGUCUUAUUAGAACCAAUGAAUUCUGGAUAUUUGACAUUGUUUGAUACAAUAAUGAAUUAUUUCAGUUAUUAUAUUCGAUGGCAAUAUAAAGUAUAGUGGUCGUCCUUUUAAUUUCUGAUCUUUUUUUCCACAAUUCUUUGGAUAUAUUGGUUGAAAUAAUUUAACUGAAAGCAAAUAAAAAUUAUGAGUUUGUUUUUA